AUGGAGAAUGAAGAGGGUUACGUAGAACUUCGCUUCAAAGCAAGGAAGAAAAACUCCAGUGCAGAACUUCGCUCAAAUCCUUCAGGAUUGCGGUAUCUUGCUGCUCUCUCAGGAUUUCUGAAUGUUGUGUUUCUGGGAGCUGUGAUCACAUUAAUUCAGCGAUGUGACUUGCUAUCAAGUGACAUGUGGAAGCCUAGAGAAAAUCUUUCUGAAAGUGACGGUGUCGUUGAGGAAGGUCUUCGUGAGAACAGCUUACUGACUACGUUAAAGGAGAGCUUAUGCGUACAUACAAAUGACUCCAGAUGUGAACUCUGCCCUGUUGGCUGGAAGCUGCAUUAUGGGAGAUGUUAUUUCUACUCAGAAACUCGUGACACCUGGGAGAAUAGUAGGAAUUACUGCUCAGGAAAAAAAUCUGAGCUCCUGAUUAUAGAGGAUGAGACUGAAAUGGAUUUCUUAAACAAACUGAAGGAUAAAGGCAUUGGCUUUGUUUGGACUGGAUUAAGCUUUGAUGAGGAGGAAGGAAGAUGGAUAUGGCUCACUGACCCCAAACAUCCAGGGCACAGUUUUACAGUAAAAGGACGGAAGAAAGAAGAAAAAUGUGCUGCCUAUAAGUUGAUGGAAAUGUAUGCUGAUAACUGCUACUCCCAAUACAAGUGGAUUUGCAAGAAGAGUGCAGUCCUUCUGGGAAUCUAA